CACGUGGACGUGGGACUGACUCAGUCGCGUUUAGUUUAUAUUGGUUUAUAUUUGGUUUCUUUAGAGUGUUCUCAAUGUAAAUAAAGCGAACGAUAUGUUUAUCCAAAUAAUGUAUGUCGUAGCAAUCUAUUAACAUGAAGAACAAGCCAAAUCGUCACAAGGAGACGAACGUCUUCCGGUUCAAGCCAUUUUUCGAGAGAUUGACGGAAAUCGACGUCGACGUCUUUCACCGUGUGGCGCAUAGGAACGAGGACGAUGCCGAGGAGGUCGAGACAUAUUUUCACGAGACGCUGCAAAAAUGGAACUUUCUCAACCUGACAGAGGGCUACACUGCCUUCAGGCGUCAAGUGCAGGACAUCGUCACAUUACCACAAUUGCUUCACAGGAAGCAGCAUGUAAUCGACACGCUUAUGUUAUAUCUGAGGAAGCAAGAUCCCUUGUUCCUACAGCCAAUUCUGGAGUUGGUAGUAGCUGUAGCUAGAGAUCUUCAGAAAGAGUUUUAUGAUUAUUUCCCAGAAUUUCUAUCAGAAAUAAUUUGCCUGCUGCAAACAAAAGAUGUCGAGCAGAUAGAGUAUUUGUUCACUACUCUGGCGUAUCUGUUUAAAUUCCUUUGGAGAUAUCUGACAAGAAAUAUAAGCACUGUGAUACCACUAUUGCUACCAUUGCUGGCUGAUACACAACCAGUCUACAUAAACAGGUUUGCCGCUGAAAGUUUUGCGUUUGUAGGUCGCAAGAUCAAGGAUAAAGACGCCUUUCUGAAAUUGGUGCUACGUAUUCUAAAAGAUAGAAAUAAAAACACUAAGGAAAAUGGAGUACCAGGUUUUGGAAAGUUGUUGUUUGAGAUUGUGUCUGGUACUCCAGGACAGUUCCAUUCCUGCAGCGAGCAGAUGUUACUGCUUUAUUUCAACGCUUUGCAGGACGAGUCCAACGAUCAAGAGCUCAUGUAUGACUUACUGCGAGAAAUCGUAACGUGCAUACUGCAAAACAUACAUUCACAAAAAUGCAACAUCAUGUGGAACAUUAUACUAAAAGUAAUAGAUGCGUUUAUUGAAAAGUCGAAGCAAUCACUAGAAUCAUAUGAGAAAAAACACGCUUUAAUCCUAUUCCUGCGUCUCAUACAUAUUAUUAUCAGCUAUAAAAAUGGAAGGUUCUUAACCGAUGCUGUAUCUUUGACGCGAAGAUUUAUUAUCAUGAUGGACACGUGGAAUGAAGACAAUGAUACCUUGCAAGAAAUUAUCAAUGUAUCUGUGGCCGUUCUCCUAGCAUCGAACAUCAAGUUAAUGCAGGAGAACUCGAGUCAACUAUUGCUGAAAAUUAUGACGGUAAACGAUAUCGAUUUGUUGUAUUCCGCUGUUGAAAAUUUAAUAUCUUAUUCUUCGUUCGAAGUUUUGGUGUUGCCACACGUGUUGCGGCGCAGCAUAUCUAUCGGUUUCGACGAUAAAGCGUUGGUUUUGCUUGCUAAAAUAAUUCUCGCAAAAGCAUCACCUUGCCUCAGUGGUAUAACUUUAGAUAAAUGGAGAAAAUACAUUUUAGAUAUACGGAAUAUCGGACCUAAAAAUAUCGAUUAUCUUUUAUCGGAAUUGAAAACAUUGUCUAUCGAUACUGUUUCGCUAAACGCAUUGAGAAUUUUGAUUAUUUUACCACACCUGAAGCCGUUGCGCGACGAAUUUAAGAAUACGUUGAAAGAUGGCUUGUUGUUUUUAUAUAAAAAGAUAUUAGAAUGUAAUGCAGAAGAUACUGUGGAUGUUAAUAAAACCGCUUUCAUGUUUUUAUUAACAUUGGAAUCGCUAAUACACGUAUCAGAGCCAAGUGAUCUCCAUGAACUUUUAGUAAAAUCUGACAUAAGAAUAGUUGAUCUCGUUGAAAAGCACCACGAUAACAAAUAUAUUUUAAACGCGAUAGAUCUCUGCUUAACGUACUUCGCUGCGUCGCAGCAUCACACGGACUACAUAAAUUCAGCAUCGUUUGACAAAUUGAACGAUAACAUUGUAAAAAAAUUUAGUUCACCUUACGGUAACGUUCGAUUGAUCGUGGCGCAUUUGUACUCCUCGUUUUCUGACGUGAAAGAUCUGAAGAGACUCUCGAUGGAAAUUGGUGAUGGAAAAAACGCCAUGGAGCUUGUAUAUCUGGCAGAAUCUGAGCCUGCAACGAUACAAAACUAUCGCAGCAAAUUACUGCACUUGCAAGCUCUAGGAUUUCAGAGUCACGCGGUAGCUACUUUAGAUCCAAAGUAUUACGAAUUUCCUUUACGAUGUCUAAUUGGCAAUUUGUACGUCAAUUUUUCGUUGCUCUGGCAGCCUGUGACCGUGGUCAUAGCCAGUUACGGCAGCAAGGAAUGCCCACAGUUCUGGCCAAUGUUUCUCGCUGAGUUAACGUCUAACGAUAUGUCGGAGACUGAACGAAAAUCAUCGUUCGAUUGUCAAGUAGUUUCGUCGUUGGAAAUAUUAGUAGAGAGACACGAUGACAAACCUGACUUCGAGAAUCACAAGAUUCUUCUCUGGAAGUGUAUGACGCAUUUUUCACAUUACGCCGAAAUGAAAAAUAGAGAUCUAACUGGAUUGUUUAUCGAUUUCGUAAAUGCCAAUUUUUUCCGAUCUAACUCCGACGAAGGCAAAUAUUGCAGCGUAAAAAAACGUAAAGAAUUAAUCGACGCUAACAACGAUACGGACAACGAGAACGAGAACGAGUACGACGAGGAGGAGCGUGACGGGAGUAACGUAAAAGCCGUGCAAGCGGACGCAAUAAAAAGAAAUUACAAGGUGAAACUUUUGCUCGCACAAAUGGAAAUAUUUGACAAGGUGCAGAAUCCGAGAAUGAUGCACAGAGAAGCGGAGAUGCAUCAGAUCUAUCUGGACUUGAUUUCGUCGAGAAAUGCCGACAUACAGAGAGCCGCUCUGAAUUGUCUCUUCGCGUACAAGUUCAAGUAUCUCUUGCCGUACAAAGAGUCUCUGUAUAAUCUGAUAGACGAGAAGAAUUUGAAAAACGAGCUUGCGCGCUUCAAACUAGAUCGUGAAAGUAAUAUGAUAGAGGAGGAGCAUCGCGAAAAUCUCAUGCCGAUCAUAAUGAGAAUCAUUUACGCCAAAAUGAUCACGAAGACCGGCAUGAGGACCGGUGGGAAAGGUGGCGGACUCGUACGUAGAAAGAUCAUCCUGCGUUUUCUGGGUGGUGCGCAGGAAGACGAGAUGAUCGUGUUCGUCAAAAUGGCAUUUAGACCGUUCAAGUCAUACGUGUCGCUGGAGGUGGACGAAGCGUUCGACCUAAACAAGUACGCGAAGAACAUCGUCGACAUCGUCGAUCUGAGUAACGUCAUGCCACCUAAACGUAUGCAGAGCGCCGUGAAUCUGCUGGCGAUAAUAAUUGAGCAAUUCGGUGGGAAAAUGUCGACGAAGUUACUACCGCGUUUACUCAGGAUACUGAUUUGCAUCCUGGCUGAGGUGGAUGGCAUUCUGCGCAGGUCGGGGGAGGUUUAUCCUGGAUAUCUGACGAUGAUUAAGAACGUGAGGACGAGCUGCGUUGGCAUUCUGGCUAGAUUCUUCACACACUUCGAGAACUACGACUGGAAGCGGCACGAGAUAGACGCGGUCUAUCAUGUCGCAAUAUUUCCCUCAUUACAAAAGCUGCCGAUUGAAGGUAUACACAGUCCCACGGCCUUGUUGAAGCUGUUUAUGGCAUGGAGCCAGAACUCGCGGUACUACCCGUUGUUCGCGAAGUAUCAGGAGGACAAUGUGUUGAUCACUCCUCUCCCUUACAUUAUGCAACUUCUGUCGAAUCCUAGGACGCAUCAAUCCGUCAUCAAUGCCAUUCUGGGGAUGAUCGAAAAGAUGCUGACGCUGCAGGACUACGGGAGAUCCAACGAGAAUGCGAUGCAGGUGGACGCGCCGUUCUUACCGUUAACACCGAUACUCAGCAAUGUGUUCGAGAUGGAGGAGAAGAUACUUUCGAGCGGAAUUAACUAUGGCUCCGCUAUACUUCUGCCGCACGUUCCUCGCGUUCUGGAGUUUAUCAAGGACAGACUUAAAAGGUCCAAUAAGAACAUAAACAAGACCGAAUUGAUCAUACUGUCGCGAAUCUCCGAAUUCGUCACGGAUGACGAGACAUGCGACAUGGUGCUGAAGCUGAUAAUACCCGUAUUACUAAAAAAGGCUACGUGUGGCGGUAACGAGGAGACUGUUAUAGAACUGCUGACGACCGUUACGAAUCUCAUAAAAAUUGUAAGUAAGCCGGAGAUUCACCUGCGCUCCGUCGCACCGCUGAUCGGUUUCGUGUCGGAUGUGCCCGCCCGCAAGACUCUUUUGCGCCUGUAUCGUAUCAUCGCCGAGAGAUCCGCGAAGGAGCAUCGUGAGGCAAUGAUCCAGGACUGCGACCUUUUGGCCAUGCUUAACGCGUGGGAUCACAGAUGGGUCGACCAACCGGAUUUCCAGAAGAGAUUGGACGCUUUCAAUCUAAUCAACGACAUGACCGAAAGAAAUGCGAUCACGUUAGAAUUCGGUGCAACUGUGAUACACAACUGUUUUUACUUUUUGAAAACCGAAUCGGAUUUAGCGAUGAGAGACUGCUCCGGCCAAUGUCUGAAACUCGUCGGGGCAAAACUGGCAAGAGAGCAUCAGAGUAAUAUUCUGAACAGGCGUUACCUGAUGGACGAUACUAUCUUAACGCUCACAAGAAAAGGCAUUACGAGCAAGAACGAAGCCGUCCGCCUUCAGUCAAUAGCGUUUCUGGGAUAUAUGGCUUUGGAAUGCGCGGACGUGCAUCCCGUUUUACGAGACUUAUCCUUGCUUACCAAUCGAGCCGAUCCUGAGGUCGACUUUUUUGAGAACAUGCAACAUCUGCAGCUGUAUAGGCGAGCACGUGCCUUGCUGAAGUUCUGCACGCUCGCCAAGACGUUGCAGAAGCCGUUUAAUCCUAAAACAUUGACACAGUUUAUUCUUCCCCUCUGCUCAUCGUAUUUGUGCAACGAGGCUUUCAUUCACAAGAACAGCCUCAUUGAUGCUGCUAUCGAGACUGUCGGAGUGGUGUGCAGGUUGUUACCGUGGCAUCAUUAUGAGAUCAUAUUGAAGCAUUAUUUAGGCAAACUGAGGAGCUCCACGGAAUUUCAGAAGCAGGUCGUUAGAAUAGUUGUAAUGAUAUUAGACUCUUUUCAUUACGAUCUCUCAAAGUACAAGCCGGCAGAGAAAACAAUUGCGCAAACCGAAACCACUUUGACAGAAACAGAAAACAAGGCUGCUUUUGUUACCGAAAAGGAAGAAGCUAAUGAUGCGAUCGGUGAUGAUGAGAACCUUAAAAUCACGAAACAAGAAGAUGAAGAAAAAUUGGAAGAAGCAUUAAAUGAUGAAAACAUUGAAAAUGUUGAAGAGAUAAUAGAAAAGGAAGAUAGAGAAGUGAUGAAGGAGGAGUUAUCGAUAAUGGAAAGACAAACACUACUUUCUCAAUAUGGUGCGAAGAAAGUGAUAUUCAGUAUAUCGAACGACUUGUUGCCUCAACUGCAUCGAUCCAUCGUAGCGAGAACUCGGCAGGAGAGCAGUCAUAAAAUCAACAAGAAGAAAAUCGCCUCCGAGACGGAAGAGGACGAUUUGUUGAGAGUUCCUAUUGCUCUUGCUCUUGUAAAGUUAUUGCAGAAAAUGCCCGAAAAUCUUCUAGACGCAAACCUGCCGGGAAUUUUUAUGAAACUGUGUACGUUCCUGAAAUCACGUAUGGAAUCAGUUCGACGUGCGACUCGCGAGACACUGCAGAAAAUUAUGAUAACUUUAGGACCGAAGUAUCUUCAUCAUCUUUUGAAAGAACUAAAUACACUGUUAACAAAAGGCUUCCAAGUACAUGUUCUCGCGUAUACAGUACAGGCUGUAUUAGUCGCAUUGAAGCCUUAUUUCCAGAAAUUUGAUAUCAAUAAUAAUUUACAAAGCAUUCUGUCUGUGUGCAAAGUGGAUCUGUUUGGAUUAACUGCGGAAGAAAAGGAGGUAGCUGGUAUUGUUAAAAACGUGUCAGAGGCAAAAAGUACUAAGAGUUUUGAUAUCUUCCACAUCUUGGCGGAGUUUAUAACAGACUCUUGCUUAUUAGACUUAAUUCUGCCGUUAAAAGAAAUACUAAUGAAGACACACUCACAUAAAACGAUACAUAAGAUCGUGGAGUGCUUUCGAAACAUAACUUUAGGAUUGGCAGACAAUGCUUACAUACCAUUGGAACAAAUGCUCAUAUUUCUUUUUGGUAUUAUUUCGGAAAGCAUUCCAGGCCUCAUGCCGGAAAAAGAAAGUAAAACGCUCGCGGAAGAAGAAAGGAGAGGAGAAACGAAAGCUUCGAUACGACAAUCGAAUUAUUUCCUUAUACCAUCAGAACCUAAAAAUAGGAUGGGUAUUAAAGCUACUGCGAAAACUACCAAACAUGCCAACGUUCAUGUAAUAAUCGAAUUCGGUCUGAAACUAUAUCACAUAUUUCUGAAACGAGACAAAGUCUCCGGCACGGAAUACAAGCAUUAUCUGGAACCAUUUACAUCAGUUUUAAGUGAUUGUUUAAAGUCUCAGCAUGUUAAAUUGUGCACUGUAACGUUACAAUGUUUAAAUUGGAUGCUUAAGAUGGAUCUAGAUUCGAUGCACUCGUCGAUAUCAGAUAUAUGUUCUUCUAUGUUUAACAUUUUGCAUAAAUAUGCUGCUGCGGGAUUAAGUAAGGGAGAUAACUUCGAUCUCGUGAUGGCCACGUUCAAAUGCAUGUCCGUAAUCGUCCGUGACGUAAAAUAUUUCAGCAUCGAUGCCGAUCAGCUCAAGAUUCUUAUCUUAUACGCGGAGCAAGAUCUACACGAUAGCGAUAAGUAUGCCACGGCGUUUACCUUGCUCAAGGCCAUAAUACAUCGGAAAAUGAUUAUUCCCGAAAUGUAUACUGUCAUGGAAAAAGUAGCAAUGCUGAGUAUCACCUCGGAGCUGGAGCACGUUAAAUUGCAAUCACGUUCUGUGUUCUACUCUUAUCUCAUGGGCUAUCCACUUGGCAAACAUUUGGACAAACACAUAUACUUUUAUCUCACUCAAUUGAGUUAUGAGAUGCAGCCGGGUCGAUUGAGCGCACUGGAAAUGAUCCACACCAUCGUCACGGGAUUUCCGUUGAAAACCUUAACCAGAAGAGCAGAAAUCAUAUUUCUAAUGACUGGUGCAAGAUUGAUAAACGAUGACGAUCCAACUUGCCGUAAACUGUGUGCAAAAUGUAUAAAAGAAAUGCUCACGCGAAUAUCCUUUAAUGAUAGAAAUAAGCUGUUUGAUAAGUGGCUUCCUGAAUGGCUAAAUGAUUCCAAAAUAAGAUACCGGACGUUAGCGGCACAGUUAUGCGGCAUAUUCGUGACUGUUGAGAAAAACGAUUUCGAUUUGCGACUACCUCAAAUUUUGCCAUUGUUGUUGAAGCAGUUUCACGCUAAAUUCUCUGAUUCUGAUAACGCGAAAUCCGAAAAGUCUAUAAAGUUAGAUAACGUAAAAUUUUCGGAGAAAGAUUCAAAGAAAGAAAGAACGAAAGACCAUCAUUUGAUUCAGGUGUUACAAUUGGUACUAAAAAUAGCACAUCACACAUCUAUUCUCACGAACGAAAAGUACAAAGAUUCUGUUGAUUCUUUUGCUGAAUAUAGUCAAUCUUUAUUGGCGCACCCGCAUUUGUGGGUCCGAUUAGCAGCAGCGCAAUUGAUUGGUUUUAUUUUGGCAGCUCUUGAUGUUGAUAAAAUCGUGGAACUUUUAAAUAAUCCAGAGAGCGAUCUUGUAUAUGCGGGUUACAUGUAUUCGAGACCCGUUCACACUUUAAAGAGUUUAAUUCUAGAUUUAGUGGCUCAACUUUAUCCGGAUAUGACAUUUGAGCAAUUAGCGGAUCAAGUUGUAAAGAAUCUAAUUUUUAUCGCAAAGAUAUUGAAAUCGGUCACAGGACCUGCAAAAAAUGACGAUCAAGAUGACGAAAAUAAAGCGAAAGACAAUAACAAUUUAUCUUUCCCUUGGCUCAUUAGAAGAUUGAGGAAAGCUGUUAAUAUAGAAAUAACGCAAGCUCCCAAGUCAACAUCAGUGAGAACUGCAAUGUUUAAGUUCAUUGCGGGUGUAGUAACUACAGUUCCUAUGGAGUAUCUAAACGUGAUACUUUUUAAUAUUAUGUCUCCAUUGGUUCGAGAGAUGUCUACAACAGAAGAAACAAACGCUGAAUUACGUCAGCUUGCCAAAGAAGUAGCUGCUAUGAUAAAAAAAUCUAUAGGAAAUGAAGACUAUGUCAAAUUAUUAAAUCGAGUACAACAAAAGUUGAAUGUUAAGAAAGCGGAAAGGAAAAAAGCUCGCGCGCAACAGUUUGUGACAGAUCCAGAUCUGGCGGCUAAACGUAAACUUGCCAAACAACAAAAGAAGAAGGAGGCUAAAAAAAGAAAACUAGACACCAUAAAAGGAAGCAAAGGAGCAAAAAAACGUAAAAAGAAAACAGAAUUGGAUGAUUUGUAAUUAUAAUGUAAUAUAAUGUAGGUAAAAAGUUUUAUAAUUUAUGUACAUAUAUAUAUAUAUAUGUAUACAAUUUACAUAUGGAUAAUUUUCACUUGUAAAUGCAAGCAAAAUAUACAAUAUUACAUAAUUUAA